CACAAGACAAAAACAAAACAACCGUCGUGCGAGAAGUACCGGAGAGAUCAGAAAAAGAACAGCAGAAAACGCCAGAAAUGUUCCGAGUACAUACAGACACGGCGACACGGACGUGAAGUAAAAACCAACGCGUACCUUUGGAACUGAGUUACUGAACUAUAAGUAGCCCACAGACCUGCAGACGUGUAAAACAGAAACGCAAACCGUCGGACUUUAUCCAACAGCGUGUCUUGAAAAGAACCGAUGCGUUCAUAGCUCCGCUGCUUUCGGAGGUUUACAGACAGAAUUGGUAUUUAAGUCUGAACUUCAACACAAACACGGUGACGUCGGGUAGAAACCGGGGUAAUCUGUCUUAAAAUAAGACCGUAUUUUUAGGGAAAUGUCCUUUUAUUUAAAAAAAAAAUAAAUAACCGGAAGUCUAUGGUGCUCUGUUUAACUUGACAGUUCUUUAGAUCGUAACGAAGCAAUGCCACUCUUUGUUAAGUAAAGUGGUGAGAAAUCUUGCUCUAAAACGGGAUUUGCUCAAUUAAAUGGUCUUCAUCACCACGCCCGCUGUUAUUAGUUGUUGUAAGUUAAAGUAACUGGCAAUAGUUUGGCUGUAAGGCUACUUAUCUCCUCGUUAGCUAACGCUAGCGUGUUAGCUGCAGCUCGGGAGGAUGUCGCUCCACGGCAAAAGAAAAGAAAUCUACAAAUACGAGGCGCCAUGGACGGUGUAUGCGAUGAACUGGAGCGUCCGCCCGGACAAACGCUUUCGGCUGGCGCUUGGGAGCUUCGUGGAGGAAUACAACAACAAGGUUCAGCUGGUGGGUCUGGAGGAGGAGAGCUCGGAGUUCGUCUGCAGGAACACAUUUGACCACCCUUACCCCACCACCAAGAUCAUGUGGAUCCCCGACACCAAGGGGGUUUACCCGGACCUGCUGGCCACCAGUGGAGACUACCUGCGGAUUUGGAGGGUCAGCGACACAGAAACACGUCUUGAAUGUUUGCUGAAUAACAACAAGAACUCAGACUUCUGUGCGCCGCUCACCUCCUUUGACUGGAACGAAGUCGAUCCCAAUCUGCUGGGGACCUCCAGCAUUGACACCACCUGCACUAUCUGGGGGCUGGAGACCGGUCAGGUGUUAGGACGGGUUAACCUGGUCUCUGGACAUGUCAAGACCCAGCUGAUCGCUCACGACAAAGAGGUGUAUGACAUUGCAUUCAGCCGUGCAGGAGGUGGUAGAGAUAUGUUUGCCUCUGUGGGAGCUGAUGGGUCCGUCCGCAUGUUUGACCUCCGACACUUGGAACACAGCACCAUCAUCUAUGAAGACCCUCAGCACCACCCGCUGCUCCGCCUCUGCUGGAACAAGCAGGACCCCAACUACCUGGCCACAAUGGCCAUGGAUGGCAUGGAGGUGGUCAUCCUGGAUGUGCGUGUGCCUUGCACACCAGUAGCUCGGCUGAACAACCAUCGCGCCUGCGUUAACGGUAUCGCCUGGGCCCCCCACUCCUCAUGUCACAUCUGCACUGCAGCCGACGACCACCAGGCCCUGAUCUGGGACAUCCAGCAGAUGCCCCGGGCCAUUGAGGAUCCCAUCCUGGCUUACACUGCUGAAGGGGAGAUUAACAACGUGCAGUGGGCCUCAACGCAGCCGGACUGGAUCGCCAUCUGCUACAACAACUGCCUGGAGAUCCUGCGUGUCUAGAGCUACGGACACUCGGAUGAAGAGGAGGAAGAGCGUUGUUUCAGAUUUGGACUUAAUUUUUUUCUCGUCCCAGUGCUUUCAAGAUGAGGAUGAGGUCACAAGUGAACUGUCUGAACGUGUUUGGAGUAUCAGAUACCUACUCCACAAUAACCUGGUUUACAUUUUCUUCCAUGUCCUUACUCCAUUCUUCUUCUAUUAAACGUGUUUAAGCUCUUAUUUAUUUUGCUCACAAGGUAGUGUUCAGCAUCUGCACUGCGGCUGUAAGAAGCUUUGAACUCUGAGCUGUUGUCUUUGAAAAUCCGAUUUUUAUACCUCUUGGUGUGCUUUCAGCCAGAUGUGAGAUUAUCAUGAAGGGUUUAGAUGUUGUGUGUUUCAUCUGUUUGAUUUGUUAAGGUUGAUACAAACUACCGUGGGUGGCAGAAGAUUACCUCUCUAAUACGUAGGGAUUUGUUGUAGCCUUCUCUUGGACUCAUGCCAUAUUAUUGCUGAUUCAAAGAUUAGUAUAUUAUAGUCUUGUUUACCCCUGUGGCAAUUAAAAUUUUUAAAUGGG